GUGACCGUCACUCACACUGUAAAAGUAAUUUUAAAGAAAACGUUCGACAUUUAAAAAUUCUUAACUUUGAUGUUAUCAAUUCAAGAAUGGCAUAAAAAACAUACAAUAGAUUGUCUUAAAUGAACUUAGAGUCAUGGAUAAUAAUCAACAACACCCAUUGCAACAACAACCGUUGCAACAACAACCGUUGCAACAACAACCGUUGCAACAACAACCGUUGCAACAACAACCGUUGCAACAACAACCAUGGCAACAACAACCGUUGCAACACCAACCGUUGCAACAACAACGGUUGCAACAACAACCGUUGCAACAACAACAGAUGCAACAACAACCAUGGCAACAACAACAGAUGCAACAACCAAAUACCCUGCAAAAGUCGCCUACGGCGAUAAAUAUUCGUCACUUUCAAAAUUCUCUAAGAAAAAUGGAGGGAAGAAUUGGCGAAUUAGAAAGGCAAAUGAGGAAAAUAAAACUGGACGUCCGGGACAUUGAAGGCGAGCGGGAUAGAGAAAGAAAGAAAGAACGAGAAAGGGAACGAGAGAGAGAUCGAGAAAGGGAGAAAAAGAGGGAAUACAGGAAUAAAUAUAAUUAAAUAAUAAUAUAAUAAUUUGUGUACUUAAUUAUUAAAAAUAAAACUUA